GGAAACGCUGCUGGACUUAACCGAGACUUAACGGAGACCCUUUACUCCGUCCAGCUGUGACGAGGCGCUCUGUGUAUUUUACAUCUCCUUGUGAAUGUGGAUCAUAAUCUCCACAGCACUCCUGAAUCGCCCCUGAGAUAUUUAACGGGUUGGAAUCGGGUAUUUCUUUUUGUGUGUGUUUGUGCGUGCGUAACGCACGCGUUUAACGUUUUUGAACUUUAACGUUUUUUUUUUCUUCUUCUUCUUCAAGUAUAAGCACCGUUACAGAGACAUUAACACUCUAACCGAUUUGUAAUGCGUUAUUGAACGGCACAGACAGCACCGGCACCGGAUGAGGUUCGGGAAGUUUGAUCGCAUUUUGUGCGCGUGUCUGUGCGUGUAAAAUUGCGUCCGCGUGGAUGGACUUGCUAUAUGUAGUGGGCGGCUGUGUGUCGGUCUGAAGGAAAGCACGCGCGCAUUUGAUUAAAAAAAAGUCUCCAACCUGUCAAGGUCCGUGUGUGUCUCCACACGUGUCGCGAACUCCGGAUAUACCAACAACAACAACAACAACCGUGUCUCCAUCCGCGAAGGAAAUGUUCCGACUGGGAAUCCUCCUGAACCUGCUCUUCAUUAGAGAUAUUGGAGGUCUCGCACAUCUAGACGGCUCGUUGUCCUCAGUGGUGCCCCUGUUCCCGGGCACACUGGACUGUGGGCAGGCUGUGCAGGAGUGUAUGGCCCAACCUGAGUGUGAAAAACUCUACAGGCAGCUGGAUUACUGCGUGGACGAGGAAGCUGUGGCGCCGCUGGGUCCCGAAGCCCGCCAGGCCUGCGCUGACGCCCAGAACGCCCUGCUGCACCAUCGGCCCCUGCAGGAGUGCAAGUGCCAGCGCGGAUCACGUAAAGAGGCUCUCUGUCUCCGAGUGUACUGGACCGUACGCUUCCCACAGGGGUAUGAUGACAUUGAGACGUCCCCGUACGAGGACAUCGAACUGGAGCUCGUAAGAAAUAGCGAAGUAACAAAACUGGCCUCGAUUGUGGCAGUGUCCUCGUUUCCAGUAGAUGGACAGAACCAGUGUUUAAAGGCGGCUCAGGACUGUGGGCUGUUCGAGAAGUGUGGCGCCCUACGCGCAGAAUAUGUGUUGGCGUGCACCAAGCGAGUAGCAGGUUCGGAACGCUGCAACAGACAGAAGUGCCACCGGGCGCUGCGCAGGUUUCUAGAGCGUGUACCUGAAGAGUACAGCUUUGGUGUGCUUUUCUGCUCCUGCACCGAGCCGCUGUGUGGAGAGAGGAGGAGGAAGACCAUCGUCCCUUCAUGUUCAUAUGAGGAGAAAGACGCACAACCCAACUGCCUGCACCUGGAGAGCUACUGCCUCCGUGAUGACCUGUGCAGGUCUAGACUGGCUGAUUUCCAGCAGAACUGCCAGCCCUCCUCUUACUCCCUUUCAGGCUGUCUGCGUGAGAGCGGAGCGGUCUGCCUGAAGGCGUACGCCGGACUGAUCGGUACGAUCAUGACACCGAACUACGUGAGUAACAGCACUAUGGAGGUGUCUCAGUGGUGUAACUGUGAAGGCAGUGGGAAUCAGCUGCAGGAGUGCCUGCGGAUCCUGCACAUGUUCAACAGCAACACUUGCUUGCGUAAUGCCAUAGAGAACAUGGGAAGUGCCAAUCCUCGGCCUGUGGAGGGAACGCUGCUCCCGCCCCCUCGACCCUCCCCCCAAAUUCAACACGACGAGCUAAACGUCAACUUGUUCGAAGACCUCAAUUCGGUGGAGGAGAGCGAGGAGGAAAAGCACGAGCCCGAAGAAGAGAUAGAUCCAGUGAACGAGUUCAACGUCAUCCCUCCGUUCCCAGAGAAAGCCACCGUGACCGAUUUGGGUUCGGAGACGGGCAGAGUUCAGGGCCAGGCCUCGUCCCUUUCAGCCUCCCUUUAUCUUCUUCUUCUUCUGCUGCUGCUCAUUACCCUCAGCUGGGGGUAGAAACCAGCGCCAUUCAUGCUCAUAUACACACUUACAUAUAAUAUACACUUACAUCUGCACACACCCUCCUCAAAAUAAUCACUCACACCCACUCUAAAGACUCAAAAGACUUUAUACUGAGGGAUGGAGAGAAUGCAAGAUGAAAUGAUUUGAAACGAGAAGAAGAGGACAGAGGACAGGAAAGUCCUCUCCUAUCCACUACUGUCCUUUCCUUUCGCUCUGUUUCUCCUUCUCGGUGAGAGGGCUGUGCGUAGCUCGCUGAUCGCAGCUUGUCCCCCGGGGAGUCGCUCUUUGAAUCUGAUUCUGUGCCAAUUGUUUUGGAAAAUCUAUGAAAAAUUAGGAAUCACGAUUCAUGAUUCAUGACUCAUUGGACUGAAUCGAAUGGGAUAUAUUUUAAAGCCUGACUGUCAUCGAGUGAAUCAGUGAAUCAGUCAUGUGAUGUGUCUGUUGUGUAAUUCUCCUUUGCUUUGCUGAUGUCGGCUAACCGUCAGUCAACUUGCGCCGCUGUUUGGGAAUUGCUGUAUUGCUUUCGUCCAAUGACACGGCUACGUAUGAGUGCACAGCUUGUUCUUUUUUUUUUUUUCUUUUCUUUUUUUUUUUUUCGCACUUUGCAUUUAGACAUCUUGUGCAUUUUCUCAUUACUGGAGCUUUUAUAACCGUGUGUGUCUGUGUGUGCGUUUAUGUGUGCGUAUGUGUAUGUGUGUGUGUGUGUGUACAGAAUGUUUGCACUUUGUCAACAUCAGAAAAAAAAAAAAAAAACCCUCAUACAAUAUGUGUCCACUUGCAAGUUUGCCGCGCGGCAUCUUUAUUAUUUUAUAUAUUAUAUUUAUUUCAGUGAAGCAGCUCCACUGGUGUGGUGACUGCGAUAGUCCUCCUUGCUAAAAUACGGUUUAAAUCUCACAUACAUGGCAUGUUAUAAUAAUUUGAAUGUAUUUGAAUGAAUUAAAAUGGAUACUCUUGGCUAAAACUGUUAGCAAAAGUUGUAAGAAGGAGUCAUGAUUACGGACUACGGUGACAUAAAGUAGCUGCUCUGCUCCGGUUACACUAAAAGUAUGUGCCAGACUGAAAAGAAUGGGAAAUGCUAUUAAGGAAACUACUCACUAAAACUAGCCAGUUAGCUUAAUACUAGCAUUACAAAAAAAAUCCACUGAGGCUGAGAUCUGUUACAGUACAAAUUAGCUAGCUAGUGUUGCACAUAAAGGUUAGCUAAGAGCACUAAGGCAUAAGCCCCAUAUUCUUCUUCUUCUUCUCCUUCUUCUCUGGUCUGACAUUUUUUAAAUAGUUGAAUAAAAAUAAACAUUUCUCUAAAGCUAGCUAAUUAGCCUUGACAUGCUAUUAAAUAAGCUAGCUAGCAUCACAAGUGACGGUUGUUAUUACAACAUAACGUUAAACCUAACAGCUAGUUUGUUAAUAUUGCCAAAAAAAUUAAAAUAAGAUGUCAUUUUGCUCAGGUUACAGUGAGAGUGUGUGCUUUUAAGAUAAGAAUCUGUUUGCUAGCUAGCUUAUUAGCCUUGGUUUGCUUUUAAUCAAGCUAGCUAGUGUUGGAAAAGGGGCUUGUCAUUAUACAAGGUUAGCUAAACUUUAAAAAGUUAAGCAAAUUAUGCUAAGGAGUAAGGUAUAACUAGCUGGUUUCUGGUUCCACUGAGGUGCAGAUAAACAGUAGAUGGAUUGAUAGUGAAUGUCACUGAAAGAAAUGAGAGCGGCGUUAAAUAAGCUGCUGUUGCUCCGAGAGUGCUAGCUGAGUGUUAGCUUAUAAACACUAUAUCUGUACCUCAACAACUAGAUGGAGGAUUUUAGUAUUUCCUGCUCAGUCACCACACCAGCAUUAAGCUAAUUCUACAUGAAUGGAUGUUAUUCACUGUGACAGAUAAAAUUAAUGAAAUUGGAGGAUUAACCUAACUAGCAAAGUGGACAGCUAAUGCAUGCUAAGAUAACCCAACAAACAAACAAACAACCCCCCCCCCCACAAAAAACACCCACAAACAAAUCCACCCACAUCUACAGUGUGUUCUUUAUCUGUGUAAAUUUGAUUAAAUAAAUUAAAAAUUGAAAGAAUACAAAGUAGUGAACCUUGGAUAAAUUUGCUUACUCAGUGAAAGACAAUUUUCCAGCACAGGUUUGUUUACAUUUACUUGAUUGCCAUGACAACGAGCAUGGAGACGGUAGCCGCGGUGACGGAAAAAUGCAAGUAGAUAUGUAUUGUUAGAGAAUCAAUUCUCAUCAGAGUUCAUUGUCUUAAGUGAAACUCCAGGUACACUCGACACGCGCGCACACACACACACACACACACACACACACGUGCGGCGUGACCCUCCAUCAGUGCAGAUGCAAGCGCUUUUUUUUUAUUGCUCUAUCUGCGCCGUGCUUUAAUUUUUUGAGUCAGCACCAGGCUGUGGAGUCUAACCGGGGGCAUAAAUAAUAAAACACACACACAAACACACACACACACACACAUUCUGGAACAGUACGACUAAUAAUAAAGUCUAAGUAAAUAAAUAAGUGUGUAAAUAAAUAAGUAAAUAAAAUACAAUAAUUAAUCGGAAAUUAUACAAAAAUAAAUAAAUAAAUAAAUAAAAUGCAAUAAUUAAUCAGAAAAAUUAAAUAAUUAUUUUUAAAUAAAUAAAUAAAUAAAUAACCACAGGCAUGGAGACGUGAGUGUACAGCAGGUGUUGGCGGUCCAGUCUGGGUUUGGAACCUGCAGGUGGAAGUUAUUUGGCAGCCAGAGAUAAUGGGUUAUAACGCAAACUGUUUAUCUUGUUGUGCGUUGCAGGGGGAAGAAUUGCUUUUGAUAGAGUGUGGAGCGAAAAAAAAAGAGAGAUAGAAGAGAAAAGAAGUGACGAAAAGAGAGGAGAAGAGAGACCCUCCAGCGCAAACAUACAGUCAAACAUCUCUAGAUUUUUUUUGUCGUAUAAAUCUACCGCUGACAUUAAUGUUUUUUUCUUUCCUUUUCUUUUUCCUCUGCUCUCUCUCUCUCUCUUCCCCUCUCUCUUUCUCUCUCUCUCUCAUUCCUCGUGUCUGAGCACACCAGAGCAUCUUUCCUUCUCUUCCUGAGGGCCUUUAACGUAGCAGAGUUAUUAGAAAGCCCCGAUUUGCUCUCACCCCCUCUAUUGUGCCAGUUCACAGGGAUCUAAUGGCGAAGGCGAAGAGGUGAGCCGCUGCCAUGUCUCGCUGUUCUCGCUGCUUUUCAGAGGAAGCGCUUCACAUUACACCACGUACACGUCUUAACAAUGACCUCCCCAAAUUGGUCUAUUAUGUGGUGGGAAUGGAAUAGGCAGAUCUCUGAUCGAACCGCUGUUCAGCCGCACGGCCGAAGGUCAGCCAGCACUCGUGGGCUUGUCUUUAUUUCUUUUUCUUUAUGAAAAAAAAUAAAUAAAUAAAAAAAUAUAUAUCGAAUUCGAUUUAAGUGACAAAUUAAAUUGUCAGCGAAAAAAAAUGAUGGCGUUUAGGAGUUAAGGUGAAUAAACACAUCAAGCUUCUACAUUACUUCUGUAUAUAAAAAAAAGGAAAGAAGGAAAGAAAGAAAGAAAGAAAGUGCUACAGGACAUAGAGACAAGUUAAUAAUAUUGGGCAAGUAAUCAUUUCUGUCAUGAUUCAGCAAUUUCUGGUCGUCUGUAGAUGAAGAAAAAAAAAAAGCCUGAAAAAAGUAUCAAGGCUCUGCAAAAGGCCAUUGUGGAGAUUAAUUAACAUACAUUCUUUGAUCCAGAACCACAUUUUUUGAGUAUUAUACAUGACUGAAAAGAAGAAAGAGAAAUUUCCUCUGGUGUAAAAUUUUUAGUUUUUAGUUCAUGACUUCACAUAUUAUUAUUAUUAUUAUUAUUAUUAUUAUUAUUAUUAUUAUUAUUAUUAUUAUUAUUAUCAGGGCUGAGGGAUAUCUAAACCUACAAUGAAACACCACCUGAAGUGUUCAUGUAAAUGUAUCACAGAUACAGGAUAUAAAGUGCAGUAUGAUAGUUUUUCACACACAAAAUGAGAAACAAACUCAUAUGGAACAGCAGUGUUAACAUUUAGCCAUUUAAACAAUAACAAUGCAGUUGAUCAUUACAAUCUCUCAGGAACUGAAUUAAUAUCAUCAUCAUCAUCAUCAUCAUCAUCAUCUUGACGGGGGUACAGUGGCUUAGUGAUUAGCAAGUUUGUCUCUGGAAUUGUGGGUUUGAUUCCUCUGACUGCCGCAUGUGUGUGUGUGUGUGUGUGUGUGGAGUUUGCAUGCUCUGCUUAAGCGGUUUCCUCUGUGUACUCCAGUUUCCUCUCCCGGUCCAAAGACAUGAGCUGUAGGCAGAUUGGAGUCUCUAAACUGUCCGUAUUGAGUGAGCAUGUGUGUGGUUGUACCCUGUUCAGGGUCAAUCCCCCGCGCCCCACCCCGCCUUGCGCCCCAAAUCCCCUGGGAUAAGCUCCAGGCUCACUGUGACCCCCCGGUGUAGGAUCAUCCAUCAUCCUAUUGCUCAGCCCUGAUCCAAAAAUUAAUAGACAACGACAUUGGGAUCAACAAAAACACAAAUUUUUCUCUUUACAGAAAUGUUUAAUCGAAGAGACUCGAGCAGAUCUGGUAUUGUUCAUGUAGCCUUAAUUGCUGUAACAAUAAUUCUUUUUAUUCAGUAUUUAUCGUUUACACAAUGAAGAAAUAAAUCCAGUUAAUAAGUUGAUAAAUAAUUGUUAAGUAAAAUAAAUCUGGCUUUAUCUCUGUGUAUCGCAGAAAAAUAUUCUAAAAUAUACAUAUUAUAUCGAAUUUCUUUGGGAUUCUUUGGGAAACUUAUAAAAUUAUAAAUCAUAUAUUCAUCUGAAAAGCUCUGGGAGUCUCUUAAAAUCCCAGAAUCUUCUCCCUUGGUGUUGUAGGUAUAUUUCAGUCUGUGUACAAUGAGAAAUGUGGCUAUUUAGUGAAACAAAAAGAAAAUGACCCAAUAUUAUUAAUGAAAGGAUUACGUCCAUGCCUCCGGUAUUAAAAGGAUUUUUGCGGAAGGACCAGAGACGUGAUGUGAUCUGAACCCCGGAGUCUGUUUAUUACCCAUAUAUUUUUUUGCAGCAACUUAAUUUGCCUCUUAAAUCGAAUUUGAUAUUCGGACGGAGACGUGGAGAUCGCUCCUGACGCAGGCAGAGCUCGUCCAAUCGGACGCCUUAAUUAAGAACACGCACGUUAGCGGCGGCAAGACUGACGUGUGUGUCCGGAUGGCGCUCAGAUCCUGUGAUGGCUUUGUGUAAUUUUUUAAUUGCUGUCGCUGAGCAAAGAUCACAGCAUGGCAUGAAGACAAGAGGCAGCGGCAGCGAUGUCUCUGCCUUACAGUAAUACGUUUUUUUUUUUUUUUUUUUUUU